AUGGACGAGGCUGAAUUCCGACGCCUUCUCGAUCUCUUCCCAAUUGUCCGAUCUCGCGACUACCAUGCUGAAUUAGAGCAAUCUAAAGAAUCAACUUCUAAGUCAGCCCAGUACGAAGAGGUGAAAGAAUGGCAGGAUGCAUGGGAUGAGGGAGAUAAAAAAGAAGUGGAGAAGCAAGGACUUGACCAACAUGGUGCAUUUUGGGAGAAGCUAAAGUUGGUUGCUGAGAGAAAGGUGGGUGAAGCAGAAGCAGAGAGAUUUUGCCAGGCAUUUCAACGAAUUCAUAAGAAACUUGUCUAUGAAGAACUGAGUUUGGAUGCUGCCCAGAAAUUCCUGAACUCGUCCUGA